CCCGUCACCCAGCACCGUUGCGGAACUCAGUCGACAAUAAUGCCUCCCAAGUCCGGAAAGAAGGCCGCCCCUCUGCCCUACCCCCAGGGUAAGGCUGGUUCUAAGAAGGCCCCCAAGAACCCUCUCAUCGAGAAGCGCUCCCGCAACUUCGGCAUUGGCCAGGACAUCCAGCCCAAGCGCAACCUCGGCCGCUUCGUUAAGUGGCCCGAGUAUGUCCGUCUUCAGCGCCAGAAGAAGAUCUUGAACCUCCGUCUCAAGGUCCCCCCUGCUAUUGCCCAGUUCCAGAGCACCCUGGACCGCAACUCCGCUGCCCAGACCUUCAAGCUCCUCAACAAGUACCGCCCUGAGACCAAGGCCGAGAAGAAGGAGCGUCUCCACGCUGAGGCUACCGCCGUUGCCGAGGGCAAGAAGAAGGAGGAUGUCUCCAAGAAGCCCUACAACGUCAAGUACGGUCUUAACCACGUUGUUGGCCUCGUUGAGAACAAGAAGGCUUCCCUUGUCCUCAUCGCCCACGACGUUGACCCCAUUGAGCUGGUCGUCUUCCUUCCUGCUCUCUGCCGCAAGAUGGGUGUCCCUUACGCCAUUGUCAAGGGCAAGGCUCGUCUCGGUACCGUUGUCCACAAGAAGACCGCUGCUGUCCUCGCUCUGACUGAGGUCCGCUCUGAGGACCAGUCUGAGUUCUCCAAGCUCCUCUCCACCAUCAAGGAGGGCUACACUGACAAAUACGAGGAGUCCCGCCGUCACUGGGGUGGUGGUAUCAUGGGCGCCAAGGCUGUCGCCCGCCAGGAGAAGAAGCGCAAGGCCGUUGAGUCCGCUGUCAAGAUCUAAACUAGUCCAGAUGUCUAGUCAAGUUCCACAAUGACGGGUUUUCCAACGAUCUUAAUGACAAAUGUUGCGCUCUUCCGGAUACCAAAAAUU